CGCACACGUGGUGACUGCUAUCCUCCAUCCUAUAAAUUCACCCUUCCCUGCAACUCUCUCCUCACCCUCUUCUCCUCAAAACGCACCCCAAUAACUCGCCGUAUCCAAACAAUGCAUCAAACAGCUGAUCUUCAUUAUCUACUACAUUCAAACCCAACUCAGUUCCCGGCCCAUUUCAGCAGCUUCACAACCGCCAUCGCACCCACACACCACAAUUUCCACACACUCUCAACUCCCCGAUCGGAACAGCUCAAUCCCCAACCAACGUACUGUUCCAGCAACAACAACUCGAAUUUCGAGGAUGCAGAAAUAAGCAUAAUCAACGAGAGAAAGCAGAGGAGAAUGAUUUCAAACAGAGAGUCUGCGCGGCGAUCGCGCAUCCGCAAGCAGAGGCACCUGGACGAGCUGUGGUCGCAGGUGGUGUGGCUGAGGAAUGAGAAUCACCAGCUGAUGGAGAGAUUGAAACGUGUGAUGGAGCGGCAUGAGAGAGCGCUCGAGGAGAACGCUCAGCUGAAAGAGGAGGCUUCGGAGCUCCGUGAGAUGGUUACCGGUAUGCAGCUGAAUAGUCCGCUAGUGGAAUUCUCGACGUAUUCGCCUCCACCAGAUCGAAAGGCCCUGCAAAUAGAUAGUAGUUGAAUUUGGCCAAGUAUAAGUUAUGUUUAUUGUAUCUAUGCUUAACUGUUGCCAUAAGAUAUGUAAAAAUGUUUCACUAUUGCAACUUAUUAGCAUAA